AUGGCCAUCUUAGCAAGAUGUUGGCUGAUAGUUGAAUCGAGGGUGAUCCCAAAUGGGUUUCUGAAGUGGUUUUUUCUCAGCUUCUACAUCCACCCUGUUUUCCUCGUAUUUUGCCAGAUUCUCCUGUGGCUCAAAAUUCUCCUACAAUGUCUCGUAUCUCUCUUCUCUUACCCUCUUAACAUAAUUUCCCAUACCACCAGAUUGCUCCACAAACUGGUAAUAACCAUAGUCUCGACCGCGGUCAACAUUUGCAGAGCUGAGAAAUCAGAACAAGUUGGAAGCAGCAGCAGCAGCAGUACUCCUGUUGCAGUUGUAAAUAAUAGCUACUGUUACUGUACAGAGAAGUCCGUCUCCGAUGUGGUCAGCACAGAUAGUUGCAACUUGAGGAAGUUGGACGUUUUGGUUCAACCACUAUUGCUAAACCAACCCCUUGGAGCUGGUUCAGAGGAGGAUGUUGAAAGUGGAAGCGACGAGGAUCAUGUUGGUGGUGGUGGUGGCUUUAUUGAUUCAUCAUCACCAUCAUCAAUGGUUGUUGGUGGCUUGAUUGAUUCGCCGUCGCAGGCAGAGGAUGAUGAUGACGGUGACUUAGUAGAAGGGCGGCAAUCAACUGAUUGUAUUUAUUCAAGUAGUCUGUUAGCAGGGGAACUUAACCGGCAACAAGAAGAAGAAGAAGAGGAACAAGAAGUGUGUGUAGAUGCAGCAUUCUACCAGAUGUACCUUGAAAGGAUGAGGUGGUUUGACGUUCUGAACCAAGACAGAACUUCUGGAGUGAGUGCCGUCCUAAACAAGCAAGUGGACUUGUGCAAUAAAAGUCCAUUUGAAAAGAUCCAACUGCCAGAAGAUUUCCCCUCAUCUCCUUUCAAUUUUGUCUCGCCAUUGAGUAAAAUAGAGAAGAAGAGGCUAAUGCAAAGCAUGGAGAAUGAUUUUGAGCUGAUUUAUGUUGCUCAAUCAUGCCUCUCAUGGGAGGCCCUCCGUCACCAAUACAAGAAACUUGAGGCCCUUGCUUCCCAAGAAAACAGCAGCAGUAGUAGUAGUAGUGUGUUAUGUGAUGCCCAUAACAUUGGGCAACAAUUUCAAAACUUUGAGGUGCUUUUGGAGAGGUUCAUGGAAGAUGAAAGGAGCCAUGGAAAACGAGUUUGGAACUAUGUUAGAGCAAGAUUUGCCCUUGACAGCCUUCUUCAAGUCCCUCACCUUUCAGUGACUGUUGAUAGGGAAGGAAGAGGAGAAGGAACAUUGCAAGUGAAAGAUGUCUUCAACAUCUUAGAAAAGUGUAUCAAUACAUUCUGGACAUUCAUCACAACCGACACGAUAAAGAAGAAACCUUGGUGGAAACUAAGGAGCUCUCUUAUUUCGACUAGUUGUUUAGAAGAUCUAAGAGAUAUGAGAUUGCUAUACGAUCUCACCAGACAAUUUCGAAAGAAGGAAAUGUGGUUGAGAGAUUUACAAGGGAAGCAAAGACGCUGGCUCAGGAAAAUGGAGAGCCAUGUGGAAGAAGAGAGUGAAAGGAAAGAGAUUUUGUUCACAUUGAUAGACAUGAAGCUCAUAUCAAGAGUGCUCCGAUUGUCUGUGAUCACCACUUGCCAGCUGAAAUGGUGCCAGGAGAAGCUGGACAAAAUUGAAUGUCAGGAUGGUAAAAUUGUAAGGCAUUGCUCGAGAGAUGAUGCACUCUUAUUGUUUCCUCCUUGAAUUUGGAUAAGUUUUCAGAUGAUUUGUAAUUGUACUUAAAGCCUAGUUCAAUAACAUGUAUUGUUGAAUUAGGGUUCAUGCUUAGUAGUUGGAAGCCACACUC